GUCGGGUCGCAGCCGGUGCCGGAGCGGAGCCGCGCCGAGCAGGAGCAGCACGCGGGAGCGCGGUUCCACAGCAGCCCGCCCGAGGGAGCACCGCGGCCCCGAGCGCCGACCCGGGCUCCGAGCUACCCGGCCCCGAGCGCGGACCCCGGCCCGGAGAUCCGCUUCGUGCACCUCGCCUGCCUCGGGCUGCGGGGCUGCGGGAAUGGACGGCGCCCGCUUGCCCUAGAUGGAAGGCGAUGGCGGCCCCGGCGCGCUGAGGGAGGCCGGGCGCGGCGCGGGGCCCACGGGCAUGGAGCCGCCGGCAGUGCCGCGGACGCGGGCUGCGCGGCCUGGGCCUCAGCGUUUCCUGCGGCGCAGCGUGGUGGAUUCGGACCAGGAGGAGCCGCCGAGCCUGGAGGUAGCCGAGGCGCUGGGCGCGCAGCCCCCGCAGCCGCUGCAGCGCCGGGUGCAGCUGCUCUGCAAGACGCGCCGCCUCAUCGCCGAGCGCGCCCGCAGCCGCCCCGCUGCCGCCCCCGCGCCCGCCGCGCCGCCCGGCGUCCCCGUCGACCCCGGCCCUGAGCCCGCGGGCGCGCCGGAGCCCGGGCCGGAUCCCGCGCCCACGCCCGCCGGCGGCCCCCAGGAGCCGGAAGCGGUAGCGCCCAGGCAGGGGGACGCGGGGGCGCCCGAGGCGAGGCCCGAGCCGGGGCGCGCACGCCGAGAUGAGCCCGAGGAGGAGCAGGACGACGAGGACGACCUCAAGGCCGUGGCCACCUCCCUGGACGGCCGCUUUCUCAAGUUCGACAUCGAGCUGGGUCGCGGCUCCUUCAAGACGGUCUACAAGGGGCUAGACACGGAGACCUGGGUAGAGGUGGCCUGGUGCGAGCUGCAGGACCGCAAGCUCAGUAAGCUGGAGCGACAGCGGUUCAAGGAGGAGGCGGAGAUGCUGAAGGGCCUGCAGCACCCCAACAUCGUGCGCUUCUAUGACUUCUGGGAGUCCAGUGCCAGGGGCAAGCGGUGCAUCGUGCUAGUGACUGAGCUGAUGACCUCGGGGACACUGAAGACGUACCUGAAGCGGUUCAAGGUGAUGAAGCCCAAGGUUCUGCGCAGCUGGUGCCGGCAGAUCCUCAAGGGCCUGCUGUUCCUGCACACCCGCACGCCCCCCAUCAUCCACCGCGACCUCAAGUGCGACAACAUCUUCAUCACUGGGCCCACUGGCUCCGUAAAGAUUGGCGACUUGGGCCUGGCCACCCUCAAGAGAGCAUCCUUUGCUAAGAGCGUGAUAGGGACCCCCGAGUUCAUGGCCCCUGAGAUGUACGAGGAGCACUAUGACGAGUCUGUGGACGUGUACGCCUUUGGGAUGUGCAUGCUGGAGAUGGCCACGUCCGAGUACCCCUACUCGGAGUGCCAGAAUGCUGCCCAGAUCUACCGCAAGGUCACCUGUGGCAUCAAGCCAGCCAGCUUUGAGAAAGUGCAUGACCCCGAAAUCAAGGAGAUCAUUGGGGAGUGCAUCUGCAAAAACAAGGAGGAAAGGUAUGAGAUCAAGGACCUACUCAGCCACGCCUUCUUCGCAGAGGACACUGGCGUGAGGGUGGAGCUGGCGGAGGAGGACCACGGCAGGAAGUCCACCAUUGCCCUGCGGCUCUGGGUUGAGGACCCCAAGAAACUGAAGGGCAAGCCUAAGGACAAUGGGGCCAUCGAGUUCACCUUUGACUUGGAGAGAGAGACACCUGAUGACGUGGCACAGGAGAUGAUUGAGUCGGGAUUCUUCCACGAGAGUGACAUGAAAAUUGUAGCCAAGUCCAUCCGUGACCGUGUGGCCUUGAUCCAGUGGCGGCGGGAGAGGAUCUGGCCGGCGCUGCAACCCCAGGAACAGCAGGACCCCAGCAGCCCUGACAAGGCCAGGGGCCCAGCCGUGCCCCUGCAGGCGCAGGUGACCUACCACCCCCAGGUCAGGCCACCGGAGCCUGAGGAGCCCGAGGCUGACCAGCACCUGCCCCCUGCACUGCCAGCCAGUGCCACCUCCCUGGCCUCGGACAGCACAUUCGACAGCGGCCAGGGCUCCACCGUGUACUCGGACUCACAGAGCAGCCAGCAGAGCGUGGUGCUGGGCUCCCUGGCAGAUGCCACGCCAUCUGCGGCCCAGUGCAUAUGCAGCCCCCCUGUGAGCCUGGGGGAUGGGUCCGUCUUGCCGUGCAGCCUGCCCUCGGUGGGGUCCUACCAGCAGCCCACCACGCCUGUCCUGUCCAUGGGCUCCGGCCCCAUCCCCUCUCACCCUCCGCACCCCCAGCCGCAUUUCCCUGAGCUGGCCUUGAGCUUCGCCCCUGUAUUGCCACCGCCCAGUGCCCCUGCACCCCCUUGCCACCAGCCUCCUCUUCUGACCCAGCCGGGACCCCUGCCUCCGGUCCUGGCCCCGCUGCCCAUGGGCCCGCUCCAGCCGGUGCCCCCCCACCUGCCUCCGUACCUGGCUCCAACUUCCCAGGUGGUGGCCCCUGCCCAGCUGAAGCCCCUCCAGAAGCCACCGGCACCCCUGCAGCCACUUGCCCAAGUCUCUGCUCAGGUGCCCCCACUCCCUGGCGUACCCCCCAUCGCACCACUGGCCACCGUCAACAGUAUCCCGGCAGCGCCUCCCGACCAGCUGGCCGCCAGCGGGCCCACCAUGCCUGCCCCGCCUCAGUACUUCCCCCCCACUGUCCUCCUGCCCAGCCUCCCACUCAAUGCCGCCUCCUUGCCGACGUCGCCAGCCAUGUCACUGCAGGCGGUCAAGCUGCCCCAUCCUGCUGGGGCGCCUUUGGCCAUGCCGUGCCGGACCAUUGUGCCAAAUGUGGCAGCCACUGCCAUCCCUCUGUUGGCUGUGGCCCCACAGGGCGUGGCUGCCCUGUCUGUUCACCCUGCUGUGGCCCAGAUCCCAGCCCAGCCUGUGUACCCAGUGACCUUCCCACAGGUGGUGCCCGGCGAUGUGCCACCUUCUCCCCUCCAUGUGGUGCAGAGCGUGCGGGCCACCCCUCCACAGCCGGUGCCCCCCACGCUGCCACAGCUGCACCAGCCAAGUGUCACCUGCCUCUCAGAGCAGGCUGCUGCGGCAGGGAGCCAGAUCCUGCUUGGCCACCCGCCUCCGUUUGUCAUGGACGUCACCACCCAGAUGCCUGCAGUGCCUGCGCCCACUGCUGUCCUCUCCCCACCCCUGCCAGAAGUGCUGCCUCCCGCCGCCCCUGAUGUGCUGCCUCGGCUGCCCGGCUCCCUGGCCUCCGUGGUGCUGGCGGCCGCUCAGAGCCUGCCUGUCCCGACUGCUGCUCUCCCGCCUCCUGCUGCCCUGCCGCUGCCCCGGGGACCUGGAAUCACAGGCCCCCGCUCUCCCGUCCAGCUGGCGGCGGGGCCCGUUCUGGAGGAGCAGGCCUUGCAGGACAAGCAGCCUGGCCUCCUGCAGAGCGGUGAGAGUUAUGGAGGUGCUGACAUCGCCUCUGGAAGGGAGAUGAGCGACAGCUGUGAUGGCGUGUUUGGUGGGGGAAGGCUGGAAGGCAAGGCCGCCCGGAAGCACCACCGUAGGUCCACGCGUGCGCGCUCUCGCCAGGAGAGGGCCAGCCGGCCCCGGCUCACCAUCCUGAACGUGUGCAACACGGGUGACAAGAUGGUGGAGUGCCAGCUGGAAACCCACAACCACAAGAUGGUCACCUUCAAGUUCGACCUGGAUGGGGAUGCACCCGACGAGAUCGCCACCUACAUGGUGGAGCACGACUUCAUCCUGCAGGCCGAGCGCGAGACCUUCAUCGAGCAGAUGAAGGACAUCAUGGAUAAGGCGGAGGACAUGCUCAGCGAAGACACAGACAUGGACCAUGGCUCAGACCCGGGGACGAGCCCACCGCCCCUUAGCACCUGUAGCCUGGGUGCCAGGGAGGAGAGUCGCCAGUCACGAGCACACGCCCCUGUGUACCAGCAGAAUGUCCUGCACACUGGGAAGCGAUGGUUUAUCAUCUGUCCAGUGGCUGAGCACCCAGCAUCAGAGGCCCCCGAAUCCUCCCCCCAGCUUCCUCUGAGCUCCCUGCAGCCAGAAGCCAGCCAAGAUACGGUGCCCUGUAAAGACCAGCUGUCCUUGAGCGAAAAACCUGUCUUCCCCACCGGUCCACAGCUAACGAGCCAGCCGGGCCCCAGGGACCCCCCUGGUGAUGCACCAGCCCCUUCCGUGCCAUCCCCCCCUCCUGUGACUGCUCUGCCUCAGGACGUGGCUACACCAGCUGCCAGCCGCAAGCCAGAGCCAGCAAUGGGUGUGCAGGCAGGGGUCCUGAGGACCCCUCAGGCAAUGGCCAGUGAACACGAGACCCCCCAGCCACUGGCAGAGACUCAGGACACCCAGCGUGCCACCCCAUCCCUGGGUGUGGAGCGAAGACCUUGUGCCCCACCUCUGGAGGUCUCCCCCCACCCCACAGGACUCGGGGAGCCUGCCUCAGCCAGGGAGGCCAGCACCCAGGGGGUCCUCCUGCCAGCUCCAGCCGCUCAGCUUGCCCUGGGCCAGCCCCUCCCCCCGCUUCCCGCUGCAGUGGGAGCUAUCAGCCUGGCUGUCCCCCAGCUCCCCAGUCCCCCACUGGGGCCCACUGCCCUGCCCCAGCCUCCCUCGGCUUUGGAGUCGGAUGGGGAAGGGCUGCCCCCCAGGGUGGGCUUUGUGGACAGCACCAUCAAAAGCCUGGAUGAGAAGCUGCGGACUCUGCUCUACCAGGAGCAUGUGCCCAUGUCCUCAGCCUUGGCUGGGACCCCCAUGGAGGCAGGCGACCGCGACUUGGCCUUGGAGACCCAGAGAGGGGAACAGCCCCACAUGGAACCCUCUGUCGGGGACCAGGCCCUGCUGCCCCAGCCCUCGUUGGAAAAGUCAGAAACAGCCCAUGAGUUAGGGGCCAAUUUGAUGCAGGCCACAUCCUCACCAGUGACAGAUGCAGGUGAGACAGGUGAUGCCGUCAGGAUGCCAUCAGCAUUGUCUUUGAGCCACACGCUGGGCUCUGAUGGAGGACAAGUGGCCUCCCAUUCACGUGCGGCACCCAGCGCCCCCCAGGCCACCACCGCCUCUGCCGUCCCUGCACAUCUGGAGCCCACAGUCUGGAGCGGCAGGGUCCCUGGGGAAACCUCAGCUGAGCCAAUGCAGAGCUUCCUGGGGACACUGACUGAGGGCAGCCAGUCCGGUCACCCUCGGCUGCAGGGUGCUCUGGCCUUGGGGUCCCCUCAGCCAGGGCAGCAGGGCAGCAGCUCGCCAGCCAAAACUGUGGGCCGGUUCUCGGUGGUCAGCACCCAGGAUGAGUGGACCCUGGCCUCCCCCCACAGCCUACGGUACUCGGCCCCACCUGAUGUGUACCUGGAUGAGGCCCCCCAUAGUCCUGAUAUGCAGCUAGCUGUGCGGCGGGCACAGACGGCCUCCUCCAUUGAGGUCGGUGUGGGUGAGCCCGUGUCCAGCGACUCCGGGGAUGAGCGCCCACGCAGGAGGCCUCCCAUGCAGAAGCACACCUCCCUGCCCAGCAGCGGUGGUGGUGUGGCCAGCGACUUCAUGAAGAAGGCCGGAGCCUUCCUGCACAGGUCCGCAGGGACAUGCUCCCCUGGCCCAGAGUCGCCUAGCAGGACAGGUGUGAAGGUCCCCACCAUCAGUGUGACCUCAUUCCACUCCCAGUCGUCCUACAUCAGCAGUGACAAUGACUCAGAGAUGGAGGAUGCUGACAUCAGGAAGGAGCUGCAGAGCCUGCGAGAGAAGCACCUGAGGGAGAUCUCUGAGCUGCAGAGCCAGCAGAAGCAGGAGGUGGAGGCCCUGUACCGCCGCCUGGGCAAGCCGCUGCCGCCAGACCUGGGCCUCUUCCGCACAGCGCCCCCCGUCGGACGUCGGAGGAAGAGCAGCAGGAGCAAGCUGAAGGCCGGCAAGCUGCUGACCCCACUGGUACAGCAGCUCAAGGCUGUGGCCUCCAGCACAGGUCACUUGUCAGACUGCAGCAGAGCCCCUUCUGCUAAGGACCCUGCCCAAGCUGGGGCGGGGCCCACAGCAGCUUCAGACCCCAGUGGGAAGGCAAUACAGACCCAGCAGCCUUGCUCCGUGCGGGCCUCUCUGUGUGCGGACAUCUGCCCCGGCUUAGCCGCUGAUGGAGGCGGAGCGCAUGGCCAAGGCUGGACGGUUUACCACCCAACGUCUGAGAGGCUGACGUAUAAGUCUAGUAGCAAACCUCGCGCUCGAUUCCUCAGUGGACCCGUGUCUGUGUCCAUCUGGUCUGCCCUGAAGCGUCUCUGUCUGGGCAAAGAGCACAGCAGUCGGUCCUCCACCAGCAGCCUGGCCCCAGGCCCUGAGCCGGGUCCCCCGCCCACCCUGCACAUGCAGGCACAGGCAAAUAACAGCAACAACAAGAGGGGCCCUUUCACGGACGACCUGCACAAGCUGGUGGAUGACUGGGCCUGCAGGACGGCUGUGGCUACGCAGCUGAAGCCCUCCCUCGACCAGCUGAAGCAUGGUGUGGGGGCCCCGGGCUGGCCCCCAGCCACCAGCGAGGCACAGGCUAUGAAUGUGCCUCGAACAACAGUGGGGAUGUCGUGUCUGGUCCCAGUGCCUGGUCCUCCCCACACCUCGGCCAUUCCUGGAGCUGCCCCGGCCUUGCUCGGGCCCUUACCAGAUUCUGAGAGUGAGAAGUUCGACUGAACCCCACAGGCGGCCACCCCACUCCAGGCCCUAUGUCCUCAUGCAAGGAGAGGGAGAGCUGCACCCCGUGUCCAGUUCAUGCUGUUUUGUAACCACUUUCUAAGCAUUUUUUAUUCACAACUGGAAACAAAUGUAAUGCAAGAAUAAAAAAUAUUUUGGGGGAA